AUGGAGGAUAUAUUUUUCCAUAUGCUCUUUGUGGUGCCUCUCACCAGGUGGAUAACAAAUAUAGAGAGACCAUGGAACCGGAAGUCCACCAAAGUUGGAGCCACGAUAGCUCUCAUCGCUCUCUUCGCCAUAGGAGUUCUCCAGUCAAGCCGCGCGCCAAACCACUUCGAAACCAUCGGAGUCCCUCCAAACGCUCCUCCCCGAGUUGUGUCUUCUGCCUACCGCAGACUGUCUCUAAUGUACCAUCCAGACAAAAACCCUUCGAUGGAGGCAAAAGAAAUGUUUGCGAAGAUUCGCGAGGCGCACGAAGUGAUCUCCAGCGAAAAGCGCCGCGAGGCGUUUUGCCGCUUCGGCGACUUUUCGCCCGAAGGCGCGAUCGACGAAGAGCAUUUUUUUGACGUUUUUCUGGUGGCUCUUUUCCACGCUUUCAUUCCUUUCAUUUUCGGAUAUCUCCACACUUUCGGAGAACACUCUGCCGUUUCCAGACAAGUCC